UCUUUGGAAUAAAUCACAGAUCGAUCCUUGAAUUGACAUAGAAGUAAUUCCAUCAUCAACUUUAUUCCCAGCCACUUAUUUAAUGUACUGUCACACACAUUCAUUUGAAUUUCACCUCAAAACCCAAUUGUAGAGAAGAAGAACAAAAUUCUCAUUCCUUACAAUUAAAUAUGCCUUCAUCACAAUCAUCAAGUCUCAACCCAGAAGCUGAGAAGCAUAAACAGCUUGAUAAAGAUAUUAGAGAGAUGGUCACUUCCAUCACCAGCCGUGUCGCUAAUUUUCACAAAUCAGGUCAUUAUAAAGAAGAAGAUGAUGAUGAUGAUGGUGUUAGGAUCAUAACCCUUGCCGGCACCAACGACGGCGCCACCUUGAAAACCGAAGUUGACAACAAUAUUCCGAUGGCCAGCCAUCACUCGGGGAAGCAGACAGAAGAGGAGGAAUUGAGCACUUAUGUGAACAGCAAUUUUCAGGCAGUCAACAAUUCAAUCAUGUUUAGCGGAAGCUACCAAGCCCAUGAUCCCGGUGUGAACAUCGAGAUCUCGGAUUUUACUGAGCCGGCCGGCCACCAUAAGGCCGAGAAGCACGGUAAGAAGGGGAAGAAGAAGAAAGAAAAAGAAGGAUCCAAAAGUGACAGUGAUCAUCAUUCUGGACAUUCUGAUUGAGAUAUAAGUCUAAUUCAUCA